AUGUUGAACCUAUUUCGUAUAGCGGGUGACAUCUCUCACCUGGUGUCCAUCCUGAUCCUGCUUCAAACCAUAGAGAAGGGCAAAACCACCAGUGGAAUCUCGCUUAAAACCCAGAUACUUUACGUUGUCGUGUUUGUUACAAGGUACCUUGAUCUCCUUACGACCUAUGUCUCGCUGUACAACUCUCUUAUGAAGAUCUUCUUCAUUGCGAGCUCGGUGUAUGUAGUGUGGCUCAUGACUUCCAAGUACAACAAGAAAUUCAAGGAGGAUCAAGAUGUUUUCCCUGUCAAAUACCUCGUUGGAGGAAGUUUCGUGAUGAGCCUGCUUUUCCACUACAAAUUCACGUUUUCCGAGAUUUUGUGGUCGUUUUCGCUAUGGCUGGAAGCCGUGUGCAUUCUGCCCCAGUUGUUCCUGUUGCAAAAGACCGGCGAGGCCAAGGCAAUCACCACUCAUUAUAUAUUCGCUCUGGGAUUAUACCGUGCUCUGUACAUUCCAAACUGGUUUUACAGAUACUACAGCGAAAACAGACUAGAUUUGUUGAGUGUUUCGGCUGGGUUGCUACAGACAACGAUUUACUCAGAUUUCUUCUAUGUGUAUUACCAGAAGGUGUUGAAAAACUGGGGAUUCAAUCUGCCGCAAUAA